UGUCAGUAGAGCGGCACAGACAGGCGUCUAUUUUAGUAAGACAUUCCCCUGAGAGCUGAUACUAUAAAUCUAAAGAUUUUCAUCUUACACUGGUCAGCCAGUAACUCUCACUCCUGUCUUUGCUUCUUCUAGCAGAUAAACAAAGACCACAGAAAGAUGUGUGACGCACCUCAAUCAAAGCCAAAACCCAAGAUCACGUCAGCACGUCGGCUGGGCUUGAAGAUGAGGUUACUGUCAACAGCAAUGGAAAUGCUGAUGGUGGAGAAACGGGAUAAAGAGAAGGAAAGAGAACAAACACUGAGUGAAAGAAUUCCUCAACUUAAACUUUCCGGCCUGUCUGCACAGGAAUUAAAGGAACUCUGCAAGGAUUUGCAUCAAAAGACUGACGUGAUUGAUGAGGAACGCUAUGACAUCAGCAUUAAGGUGGCCAAAAAUGACAAAGAGACCCAGGAAAUGAGUCAAAAGGUCUUCGAGAUGAAGGGCAAGCUGAAGAGGCCUAACCUGAAGAGAGUGAAACUAUCGGCUGAGCACAUGCUGAGUGUCCUUCUGGGCUCCAAACACACACAGUCCAUUGACUUCAAAGCUAACCUGAAGACAGUGAAGAAAGAUGAGGAGAAGAAAGAAGAGGUGACCGAUUGGCGUAAGAAUGUGGAGGCCAUGUCUGGAAUGGAGGGCCGGAAGAAGCUGUUUGAUGCUGGACAAUAGAAGGUUAAAAACUUUGGCAAACAGGCCCUCAUUUUUUACUAAAUGUAAACUUACUUGAUGUCUUUUGUAGCACAUACAUGCAUGUAAACUAAACAAUAUCUUUAUAUGUCGUGCAGUUAGCAACAACAACAAAUCAGAAAUGGCUUAAUACUUUAAUAUUAAACAUAUAGAAUUAGUCCACACUAAUGCAUGAUGAUGUUCUGUUGUUAUAAGUGUGUACUUCGUUGAUAAUCAUGCUUGUUAAUGCAGAAAGGAUUCUGAGUGGCUGAAUUCUGGUUGUCAGUCUUCAUAUUGUUCAUCAAUUGUAGGAAAAAAAUGUUGUGAAUGUGGUACCAAUAUUGUUCUUCUGUUCUGUUAUUAUAGGUCUGGUGUGAGCUCUAUUAAUAUACAUAUUCUUUAGGACAUUAACAUGAUACCAUUUUUCACUAAAAACAAAAAACUGAAAGCGUUUAAGGGACUGAAACCAUUUAUAAUAACGGUUUCAAAGUGCACAUUUUUGGAAAUGAUACUAUUAUAGCCCAAUUUAAUACUUCUUAAUAACAAAAACACUAAGGGUGGACUGUAUGUGUGCAGAGACAAUUUGUGCUUUCCAAACGUGAUACCUGUACAGAAUAUCGCCCUCUGUAGGGCACAUCGGAGUGAAAAAAUCAUGUCCGCCUUAUUGAGGUGUCGUUCCAAACCUUUAAACUGGCCACUUUGAAGGAUUUUUGAAAAAUACAACUGAUGGACACUUUGGGCCAUGAUCCUCUGAGGAGGGAAAUUGUUUGCUGUCACACACUGCACUCAAUUCAGAAAGGCUCAUCCAAAUGCCCUAAUCCCUUCAGGGGCCCUCAGAAGGGUUUAGGGCAUAGGGAUGAGCCCUUCCCAAUUGGACCCAGUGAUAGUGUUUCUACAGUAUAAAGUGAUAUCACCAACUACUGGUCUGGCAUGAAUAUUUUUUGCCAAGACGAAUUGGAACUACAUAAACGCAAACAAAC